AUGCGUAUGGCUGGUGGUGGGCGUUAUAUAGAGAAAGUAAACAAACGUUUCACUCGUGCAGCUAUAGUGUCGUGUCCCGGGCUGGGAGACACGUGGCUAUGGGUAACCAGAUUGACAAGGUUCUACCUGGUCUCUACGUGGGAGGAAUUCUUGGUGAGUGAGAGAGAGGAAAAAGUAAAUUCAUCUCGCGGCCCCCCAGGUACGGACAGGAAGCAGAAACUGCAGGAGAGCAAGAUAACUCACGUGCUGUCUAUUCACGACCACGCUGAGCCCGAGUACACGGAUCUGUUCACAUACAAGUGUAUUCAGGUGUCUGACACGAGCUCAUCUGAUCUGUCAGUAUACUUUGCUGAGUGUGUGGACUUCAUCCACCAAUGUCGGCUGAGCGGAGGCUCUGUUUUCGUCCACUGUGCUGCAGGUAUAUCCCGAUCGGUGACCAUCACAGUCGUGUACAUGAUGACAGUCUCAGAAUACAACUUUGAGGAGUGUCUGACGGCCGUGCGUGCCUGUCGCGAGGUGGCCAACCCUAACUAUGGCUUCCGUCUCCAGCUCAAGCAGUAUGAGGAGGGAAAGAUGAGAGAAGAGAGGAAGAGAGUGCUGGCAGACUAUCCCACCACUCCUAGUCUCGGAGAUAACACGGCCAUUGCUGAUCUGGUGAAGACCGCGAAAGAGAAGGGGAGAGGGGCAUCCGAUGACCCUUACUCCGCCAUGAAGCCAAGUUCGUUCACGGGGGCAAGAAAAACAGACAGUAGCAGUGAGGAGAAGAAAGACGAACAAAAAACUGAGAAAGCAAAGAAAGGGGCUAAAAAGGGUGGUUUGUUAGGAACAACGAGCGGCGUUCUCGCGUUUGCUGCUGCAGAACUGCAACACCCACGCACGCUAUCUGCCAUGGAAACCAACACUGCGCAUGCGCGCAAUCACUCAGCGACACACGUGUAUGCGAUGGCCGAGAAUGUGGAUCUUCCGCAGAAGAGGUUCUACCGCCAGAGAGCUCACUCCAACCCUCUGGCAGACCACACGUUCUCCUAUCCCGCUCGUCCCAACCUCAUGGAUUGGCGAACUCUCUUCCCCGCCUGGGAACAGGGCAAAGCUGUCCGGUUUCUCGACGUUGGGUGUGGCUACGGAGGUCUCCUUGUUCGGCUGUCCGAACUCUAUCCGGACACUCUAGUACUAGGGGUGGAGAUACGCGUUAAAGUGUCCGACUACGUUCAGGACAGGCUGAUGGCUCUGCGACAGAAGCACCCAGGUAGCUACGGGAACGCGGCUGUCCUGAGAACAAACGCGAUGAAAUACCUCCCAAACUACCUGGAGAAGGGCCAACUGAGGAAGAUGUUCUUUCUGUUCCCUGACCCUCACUUCAAGAAGACGAAGCACAAGUGGAGAAUUGUCAACAGUUUGAUUCUGGCGGAAUAUGCCUAUCUCAUGGAGGAGGGAGGCAUAGUCUAUACAGCUACAGACGUGGAAGAGCUACAUCAGUGGAUGGUGGAGCAUUUCACCUCCUUCCCACUGUUCCAGAGAGUAAGCGAGGGGGAGGAGGGGGAGGACCCUGUCGUUCCACUGCUGAGUAGCGUCACAGAGGAGGGCAAGAAGGUGGAGAGGGCAGGAAGCAGAGUAUUCGUCGCUUGUUUCAGGAGAAUAACAGACCCUCUCACUUCAGAUCUUACUCUAGAGACAGAAACCUUUGCCCAAACCUAGUUUGUACAUUUUAUGUCCAGUUGCAUGCUGGGCUCACCACCAACUUAACAAAAAAUUUUUAA